UGGAUUUGGACUCCUCGUUUCUUGAGGAAGACCUUUUUUUACGGCAUAGCAACAUCUGACAAGGAGUUAGAAAGUGAAUAUUUAAGUAUCCAUCGUUCAAUCAUAUCUGGCUGAACCCACAUGUUGUUCGAUUCGAGUGAAUAUUUUUUCUAUCGCUAUAAUUUGGUGAGCGUACAACUAUUUGUAUUUUCGUGAAAUAGAGAAAAUAAAACUAGACUGAUGAACUAGUAGUAGUUGAUAUUCUGAAAAGUCUCUCUAAUCUGAGAGCCAAAGGGGAACAUAUUUGAGCAAAUUAGUGGUUCCGCCCAUCCGCAUUCGGCUUUUGCGCAGAUUUUUGGAGGUACUAUUGGGUAUUGUGGCAGAAGUUACAGUAUUGUUCCUAUUUUUCGAGGUAUUGUAGAAUAGUUUUCGCAUCCUGAUAGUCGUUAUAUUGUUGAAGUCCACCUGCUUUCAUUUAAGAAUUCAUAACCGCAUCCACCUGAUAGUAUGUUUGGGGAAUUCAUAACCGCACCCAGAUCCAGCUGAUAGUGAGUAAGUAGAACUUGUUCGAGGUACUAUUGUAGAAGUUGUAUUCGCAUCCACCUGAUACUAGUAGAAGUACGCAUGUACUAGCAGAAGUGCAGGAGCAGCACCACAGGGAGGACAAGCAUUUAGUAGGUAAAAUUUUUUAACGGAGUGCUUCAUCGUAUGAUACGACAAGAAGUCAAGGGUAUUUCAUAUUUUUGUAAUGCUAGUACUAGUAGAAGUAGAGUGUUAGUAGUUCAGCAGGAGCAGCACCACAGGGAGGAUCCAAUCUACUACUAGGUGCCCAGAAGAACGCUGAAGCAGCAGGAGCAGCACCACAGGGAGGACCUGAAUCCUCAUCGCAGGAUGCUGCAGCUUCGUUUGCCGAGACACAGUUAUGAAUAA